GACCGGAAGUGGGCGGGAGGGCCGGAAGUUUAAGGGAAUUUCCUGUGAGCUCGGCUUCCUCAACAUGGCAGCGCCCUUGUCGGUGGAGGUGGAGUUCGGAGGCGGCGCAGAGCUCCUGUUCGACGGCAUAAAGAAGCAUCAGGUCACCUUGCCUGGACAGGAGGAACCCUGGGACAUCCGGAACCUCCUUGUCUGGAUCAAGAAGAACUUGCUAAAAGAGCGGCCAGAGUUGUUCAUCCAGGGAGAUAGCGUGCGGCCAGGAAUUCUGGUGCUCGUUAACGAUGCCGACUGGGAACUGCUGGGUGAGCUGGACUACCAGCUGCAGGACCAGGACAGCAUCCUCUUCAUAUCCACGCUGCACGGCGGCUGAGGGCCCCGCACUGUGCCCAGGCUCCCUUGGGGUGGGGAGAAGAGAACAAUCAGACAUCCCCUGGGGCCCUGCUUCCAGGUCUCCCUGUCCCCCUUGGCCGCUUUCUUCCCUGCUCUGUCCCCCGAGCUCCCUCCAGGCAGGGAAAAGAGGCCAGGUGCUAAAAAUGAGCCUUUCUCAGGCACGUGAGUGGGGGUGGGCAGGCUCAGCCCUGCCUCCCUUCCCAGCAGCUGAGGUGGGGGAGGGUGCCCCUCUGGUUGGUCACAACAUGAAGGGGGCUCCGUGGCCAGGUGACCCAGCCACCUCCCACUCCUUGUAUCUCAAUCUAAACACUGAGUGACCACUGACACGCUCCAACUCCUGGGCUAUAGCGUCUUCGAGGAGAAGAGGAAUGGACCCGAAUAGCUUAUAGGAGUCCCCUCCCUUCUCAAAGAUGGGAGGAGUCUCUGCCUCAGUUUCCCCAUCCAGACAGCAGAGGGCUCUGGCUGUCCCCCACUGAUAUCAUUAUGGAACCCCAGCUGGGGUCCCCUAUUCAGUGCUGACUCCCCCCUCCCAGCAGCUGCUCUUCCAGCCACACCCCUCCUCCUGCUCCCCCAGCCCCAGCCCUUGACCCUGGCUGGCCUUCCCCCACACACACAGGCCACCAGAUGGGCUCCUGAGACCCUCCCCCAGCAAAAGGCUGCCUGCAGCCCAUUCUGGAGAGAGAGAGCAGGCAAAAGCUUGAACUGGCAGAUAGCGGCCUGGGGAGUCAGAGUGCCUCAGUUUCCUCUUCAGUGGCAAUUGAGUAUUUAUAGUAUCUGAAAGCAGGCUUGAUACUUGAUGGCACAAAUGUAGACUUCAUCUCCUUUCCCACCUCCUGCAGGAAGCAGGAUGGGGGCAGGCAGCACCUGGUAGGCAGGAUGGUUCGCCCCUCCUCCCUCCAUCCCUUCUGGAAGUCUUGGGGCCUCAGUGUCUGCAACAGCUGGCCUUGGGCAAAUAAAAGACUAGGUUGUUUACUAGCUUUGCCUGGAGCUUCAUCCUUAGAAACCAAUGGCACCUCACAUCCCCCCAGCCAUGGUCCCCGGUCCAGUCUCUGCCCCAGCCAAGGGCUUUCAGAGCUGCCCUUCACCCAACAGAGGGCAGGGGUUGAAACUCAGACUA